AUGCCGCGCCAUCGCGAGAUUUGCUAUGAGCUUCUCAUCAAAACUCCCGGGCUAUCGUUCCCCUAUCUCACCAAGACAAGCCCCCAAUUUUCAAUUGCCUGUACAAGAGUCUUUAGCGGCUCACCUCUGCCACCAAACAUGACCCCAACGGAGGUAGAAGACAACAUCUGCGAGUUCUUAACCGAAUGUUGUAGCAACUUCCACUGCCUCACCAUUUGCCCCAACCACGAUCUCGUCGCGCCACCAUGCGCAUGUGAAGAAAAGAAGACUCAAUACUACGAUCACAUUGCUAGCAGUCUCAACAAAUCUUGGGAAAGACCUAUUGAUCCUAAAGACAUCAAAUUUAUAGUCGAAGCAAUCUUGUACGCUCGAAUCGAGGCCAUCAAGAAGAAGGGGAUUAAGAAUGAGAUCGGGCGGGCAGAUAACCUCAUCCUACUCAACGCUCACAUCCUCGUCUGCACAUUCGCGGAGUUCAAGCAUAGCCAUGGUUACCGUCCUGUGGACAGUCUUUUCUGGACUGUCACUGGUGCUAUUGAGCAGAAACAAGAAGCUAGAACGAGGGUAGAAACGGUUCUCAGGCAACGAAAGGCUAAGAACGUCAAGUCUGUUUCGGAUGCUGGAAAUCUUUCUGUGGCAGAUUCGGCUGUCACUGACGAAAGGUUCGUAAUGCUUUAGACCUGUUAUCGCUGUAAGCUGACUCUCAAAGGAAACAAUGAAUGGCUGGCUCUACAAGGCCUCGACUUUUGCAACGAACCGAAGAUUGUUUGGACGUAGCUCGGGGCUAUACAUAGCUUGUGUCUAUGGAGAAGCGAAAGGGGUUUGUGCAGUUUGGAGUUGGGGAUAUUGGUGUUCAAUAGCGGACUCUGGCUAAGAAUCAUCGAUUUUGAAGCUGCCAAACGGAGUUAUCCAUGCCGCAAAUGAAGGCACCUGUGCUUUCUCACCAGCGAGUCCCAAAACGGACGUGCCCUACACAAGAC